AAAUGUGAAAUGAGAUUCGCAAUUUGAUUUUAUUUAGUUGUAGUAAAGUUAAAAAUCUUAAUUAUAUAAAUAGCGUAAUUAAGAUUUAGAUUCUUAAGAAUAUUACGCUGUGAAGUGAAAGUCAGGCUACUUUUGAAAGAAUUUAAACAAACUGACAUGAAGGAAGAAGGGCAGCAAGCCAAAUCUGCCGCAAGUGGGGGCGACGGACUAGGGCAGGUCGAAGGUCAACGCCAAGUUUAUGACACGAUCAUGACAGAAAUUGGAGCCAUCGCAAUGGAAGUCUUGGUCGUUGAAAACAAAGAUAUUUACGAGAACAAGAAGGUCGUGCUUCCAAAAGUGGAGAUCCUGAACACUAGAGCACAACAAAAUCAGUCAUCUGAAGAAAUGAUUAUAGGAAUUGACACCGAUCCUCCGGAUGCAUCAUCGGCGAAGAAAACGCCUCAAAACAAGCAAACAGUAUUCCCUCAAAGUAUUGCUGCCGCAGUUAAAUUAAAAAAACGUGCUGCGUCUAAAAAUGUCCAGAAGAUCAUUCAGAAACAACUCUUGUCUCAUACCAAGAUGGAUUUACCAUCCACUACGACUGAUGACAACCAGGAAUUUAACAAAGACAACCAAAUUGACGCAAGCCAAGAAACAGCAUUAGUAAAAGAUGAAUGUCGUGACGAUCCAGACAUCAAUGAAGAAAACUUGGGAGAAGAAGUCUUUCCCAAUGACAGGUGUGCAAAUUGUCUACUAAUAUUUGACGAGACGGAUGCAAAGUUGUCACGAAUCAGAAUGGAAACGUCAGACCUCUCAAUACUGGAAGCACUUUAUUCCGUUUUUCGAAUACCCACCAAUAAUUCUCGUGACGGCGUCAGUAGUGAAGAACAUGUAUUGUUUUGUGAUACUUGUAUCAAUCUUUUAUCAUCAUUGUAUUCAACAUUCCAAGAGUUUAUGGCGUUAGCAAAAGAGGGUUCAUUUAUUAAGAUCACAUUAAAAAAUCUGGACGAAGAAAUGGUUCAAUUGAGACGGAAAGGGAGGAGGAAACCAAAGAAUCCAAGAAAACCAGAACCAUCUCCGGAACCACCUGAAGAAUGGUUUGAUGAUGAAGAUGAUGAUGAACUCAGCAGCACAGAUGAGGACUUUCUAGCGUCUCUAUCUGAUUUGAAUGACUCGGAUACCAAUUCAAGUUCGGAUGACGAAUACGACUAUCACUCUCAAAAGAAAAGGAAGCAACCAAAGUCAAAGAAACUAAAAGUGCCGUCCAAAAGCGACAUGGAUAACCAACUCGCGAAUAUUGGUGGCCAAGGCUCCAUCGCGUCCAACAGCAAAAAGACUCGGAAGAAGACGAGGCGAUACAUAUUCGAAAAAGUUACCUACACUUGCAACAUUUGUGAAAAUACAUUUAAACGACCUAGAGAAUUACGUCGACAUUUGCGGGAUCAUCGUAAUAAUGCAAUAAUCGCCAAUAAUGUUCAAUCCUUACCCGACGUAAUUGGUGAUGAAGGGACGAUCCCAGGAAACAUAACAGAAGAUCAUUCAUUCUACAAAUGUCCUUGCUGCCAGGAAGAUUUCGAUUCGUCAAUUUCCCUUUCACUCCAUCAACUACAAGAACAUGGCGACGAUAAAGAAGAACAGCAUUUACCCUCAUGUUUAAAGUGUGAAAAAACCUUUAGCGACCCAAGUUCUUUGCAACAACACCAUGAAAUGGUUCAUCGAGUAGCUAUCGCCAAAGUUGACGAGCCAUACAAGUGCUCGAAAUGUAACAUGUCGUUUCGACGGGCGGACGUGUUCAAUGUUCAUUGGAAUGAACAUGCAAGUAGCUCACAAUUGGAAAAGAGAAUCAAAGCCAAGCGUAAACGACACCUUAUUACAUGCAAAGUUUGUGGAAAAAUAUUUGCUCGUGAAGACCAAUUCACUCAGCAUUUAAGGGUACAUACAGGUGAAAAACCUUUCUCGUGCAAAAUUUGUGGGAAGGCUUUUACUGACCGUCGUGGCUUAGCUUAUCAUGCACUAACUCACAGUGAUACUAGAAAUUACUGUUGCACCAUUUGUGGAAUGCGAUUUAAACGUCUCCAUCACCUAAACGAUCAUGAAAACAAUCACAGAGAAAACAUAGUACGUCCCUUCUCUUGCGUAACGUGUAAAAAGACUUUCAAGUAUAAAAAACAUUUGAAUACGCAUCUCAUAACUCAUGGAACCGUGAAUAAACAUCUGUGUAAAAUUUGUGAUAAAAAGUUCACUAGGAAAGAUAACCUUCGUCAACACGUGAGAAAUGUACAUGGAAGAGAUCCCAAAGAAGUGGACUCCACUACCACCAACGAACAAAUGGUUGAAAAAGUAACGAUAAUGACCACGACCAGUGACACGGUGCUCAUCAAAGCUGUUGAAUCCGUCACAAGUACCACCGUCCCUGAUACCAUCGCUCACACGACUUCUAUCCCCGUUCCCAUCAUUGUUCCACCCACCACAAAUACUACCAUUGCGGGAGAGAUUCAAUUGGAAAACGUACCUUUGGAACAUGUCGUUUACAUUAGCUUGUAGUGUUUAAGAAUAUAUGUGAGAUGUGUUUUUAUGAAUUUGACUGAUGUGAGAACAUGUCUUAUGCAGAUGCAUAUGAUAUAUUUUUGUAAUUUUCGAUAUGAAGUGUUGUCCAGUUUAUGGCCGUCUGUACAACAGCAAGAAAUAAAUGUUUGCAUUUGUGUCCCGAUUUUUGGUGAUGCAAAUUUAUGCAAAAACACAAA